AUGGAAAGGGCUACUGAAUUUUGUCUCCUAACUGAAAAGAGUAUUCUUCCUUCUCCAAAAAUUUAUAUCAAUGUUAAAUGGCAUAGACUCCCUAAGGGAUGGUUCAAAUUAAAUAUUGAUGCAAGUUUCCACAAAAAUAUACAAAUUUGUGGCCUGUGUGGAGUAAUCAGAAAUGCUAAUGGCCACUGGAUAGUUGGCUAUACAAAAUCAGCUCAUGCACGUGGAUCACUGCAUGCUGAGAUCAAAGCUCUACUAGAUGGACUUAAAACAUCCCUUAAUUGGGGGUUGUUAAUGCUUCAACAGAAGCAGGUAAUCAUCCAGCACGAGUUCAGGCAAGGGAAUAAGGUAGCUCACCAACUAGCACAGAUGGAAACUGCUGAUCUCAGGAAGAAGAAGAAAGUUUUUGUGGAUCCACCAGCAGAAGGCCCUCGCAUUUGCAAAGAGAUGUCGAGUGAGGAAGGCGAGUUGCCCUUCGCAAUCGCGAUGUUUGUCCCGCGUUCGCGAAGGUUGAGUCAGAAUGUGCAUCGCGAACGCGUGCCAUAG